UUAAACCCAUUAUAAACAAGCUAAUAAAACCCAUUAUAACAUCCCUAAUUCCACCUAAUCAUGAAGAAGACAAUGGACUAAAGAAAGAAGGCAAAUCUCUGCAGACUAUUCAUUGUCUGGAAAACAAUAUCGUCCUAAAAGAAUAUAUGAAAAUGUCAAAAAAAAAAAAAAACAGAGACUCCAUACUAUAGACAGUGAAGAGCAACUCCAGAGAUUAUCUUUGCUCCUCAGAUUCAAGAGCUGCGUGUGUGUUCUCUCCAUCUACAGAAAAGAAACCAAAAAGUGAACCUAGUCAAAAUGAACGUUUGUUUUCAACAACUAACCAAGAUAUUAUGUACAUGAACAUGAAGAUCAGGAUGUAUUAUUUAUUCACAGAGAGUAAUUAAUUAAAUAAAAGGGGAUCCCUUAUAAAUUUGCUGCUCCCUCUUUAAUCGGGAAAAAAAAUAAAUAGGGAUCAUCUUCGUUAUCGCAUCUUCUCCAUGGACGAGUACUCUAGCAUGAAAGCUGCGGCCGAAGGGAAGAAAUUGCCCCGUUCGGAUCUUAUGGAUGUUUGAGGAGCAAAGACGCAUGGUGAAGAUUUCCGUCGAGGGAUACGAUACUUCGAUUCCUGCAGUUGAUAUCGGGAAUGCUUUGACGAGUCGUUUCAGUUCAUGUGGACGAAUCUGUUAUCUUGACAUUCCCAGAGACCCUAUAACAAAUGUUGUCAACGGGUUUGCUGAAUGGAGAGUGAAAUAUUAUAAAUAAAGUCUGCUUCAUCUGGAAUCAGAUACGCUUACAAACUUGUUUUAAACACAAUAUCGAAAUCAAAAUAUUACUAAGCCUAGCUUCGCCCACCCAAUCGUUGAAUGGCUCUUUGCAUUGUGAUUUAUUCCCAUUCUCUAGCUAAAUCUUCUUUUUUCUCCUCCAGCAAAUGUUCUUUUUUCCAACUCUGCGGAAAAGGUGCAGAAGAGAAGGCAUUGGCACUUGAUGGAACUGACAUGGGAGGGUGGAAUGUAACGGUUAAGGUGUUACCUCACGAUGAUCUUGAGUUUACCACCGAUCAAUUGGCUGCUAUGAGCAUUUCACACUUUAAGAAAACCAGGAGCGAAGGCGUUUCCGUUAGAGGAUAUGACAAUUCCCUUCCUUCGAAUGAUAUCAAGAGCGCUUUGACUAAGCAUUUCGCUUCAUGUGGAGAGAUAACUGAUGUUUUUGUUCUCAAAAGACGGGCUAUUAUUUACUUUUUCGGAUGGCAUGCAAUAAGUAAGGCGGUUGAACUCAGUGGAAGUAACGUGGGAGGAUGUGAACUAGUUGUUAAGGCUUUGCCAGUACCUAAAAGAAACCUCGGCCCACCUCCUCCACCUAGUCUUCCUUUUGGCUAUACUGUCCCAGCUGAAUGUGUUGAGGCUGCUCAUAAGAUACAUAUGGCUCAGAAGAUGACGGCAGAGUAGAUGAGAAAUAUCAGAAGAAGCUAGACAGAACCUAAUGUUACUCGUUUUUUUUUUACCACUCGGUCUCUCUUAUUAAUCACAAUGCAACCUCUUUUUUAUUA